CACCACACCAUUUAAAAAAGUUGAAAGAAAGAGCAAGGAGAAGGAAGGGCCGUAAAAUAGGCCUAAGCCUAAAUGAAUUUUUAUCAUUUUAUCUAUUCAACCAACAGAGAUAGACUGACAGUUAGUUGUGUAUUAUAAUCAUCAGUUUUUGUUGUGAAAAUGCGCUGAAUCUACUUCUUGCCUAAGUUUUUUGUACAUUUGUGGCUUCUGUUUCGAAAACCGAAAACAAAGAAAUAGGCUAUCUGCAAUUUGUGAGAGGGUGGUGCGAUGGCGGGGCAGGUCAAGAAGGUGGCCCCGGACGGGGGCUGGGGCUGGAUGGUAGUGCUUGCCAUAUCCAUCAACAAUCUUAUAACAAUCCCGAUUCUACAAAACUUUGGAUUGCUGUACAGAGAUGUGUUUAGCUCUUCAGCAUUAAACAUGAGAGAUGCUAGCAUCAUCAUUAACACAAACUCUGCAUUUGGAUAUGUUCUUGGGGUGCUGAAUGGGCCGAUUCUUCGCAACCUCGGGUUCAGGAAGGUGGCUGUGACUGGAGGUUUGAUGAUGUUUGUGGGUCUGUUUGUCACAAGCUUUGCUAAAAGCUUUGUUCUUCUCUUUCUCUUCUACGGACUUAUAAACUCAUUGGGUAUCGGUUGGUCAAUGGCAUCGUUUCACCUGGCCCUGUCCACCUACUUUGUCAAGCGGAGAGGUAUGGCUAUGGGCAUCGCCAUGACUAUCACUGGCCUAGGACCUGUGGUCAUGCCUCUCGUCAUCAGUCUACUCAUGGAGAACUACGGAGCUCGAGGUGCGACUCUGCUGCUCUCUGGACUAGUGCUGCAUUGUGUCGUCUGCGGACUGCUGCUGCAGCCAGUCAAGUGGCAUCGCAAAACUUUGACAGAAGAAGAAAAGAUAACUAAAGAGGCUGAAUCAAUGCUGAAAGAAUCUACUGACUCUGAUGCAAGAAGAAACAGUCAGACGUUUGUGGAGAUAGAUAUUGUACGGAAUGGAGAAGUGAAGGAGAUCGAGAUGAAGGAUUUCUCUGCUCCAACUGAGCAAAAGGAAAAUCUUCUAGAGGAGAAACGUGAAGAGAAAUUGAAGAAGAAAAAUGAUGAAGGAGAGCGUUGGUACCAGUUUGUGGCCCGGCAGCUAGACCUGGACCUAUUGCGUGAUCCUGCGUUCCUGUCCAUGUGUGUGGGUAUGUCUGUAGCUCUAGCGUCUGACAUGAGCUUCUCGCUACUACUGCCUUUCAUCCUGAGAGACUUUGACUACGACAUCAACACCACGGCCCAGCUUCAGUCUGUGGUGGGCGCUGCUGACUUAUUGUCCAGGUUCAUCACUCCGUUCAUCUUGAGUAAGGUUGGACUCUCGGCACGGAUUGCCUACUUGCUGAGCCUUAUUGGACUCAUCUGCAGCAGGUUUUGUUUGACGCUGACUUCAGAGUUGUACAGAGUGUGUGUAGUGGUUGCACUGUUUGGAGCAUCUAAGGGAGUGAGGUCAGUGUUCAUGCCACUGGUCAUCCCCAACUACGUCCCUCUAGACAAGCUACCCUCAGCUCAGGGGCUACAAAACGUCAUGCACGGACUGUUCCUCAUGAUGCUGGGACCUGUCAUAGGUUAUGUGAGAGACAAGACUGGAAACUACACUCUGUGCAUCCACAUCAUGAACAGUCUCACAGCACUGACUAUACUUCUGUGGACUGUGGAGUUUGUGUACAUGAGGUCCAAGAACAAGAAGAACACAUUCAAAGAUGUCGCCGACAUGGAAAGAUAGUCCAUAUUAAUUAUUAUGAGAAUAUUAAUUUCUAUGCAAAAAUGUGCUUAACUGAAAUGCAGAUACUCAUUAAGUACUCUUUAUGUACACUGGAGUAUCAGCAUAAGCUGGACACGUCCUAUGCUUAUGGAAAGUAUUAGAAUAGAUAAAAUUGUGGUUUAAGAUAGUUCCUUGAAUAAGGAUUUGAAAGUAAAGGUUUGAAUUGGAGUAAAUCACAGUUCUUGUGAUAGUUUAGGUCAAAGUAAAGAGACCUAGACAUACAUUUUUCAAUGGCAACUAAAGAGCCUUAUGUUACUUAGAACUUUUUAUCUCCUAAAACCAAUUGUUUCUGGAGCUGAGUUGUUCAAUAUCUCUUAUGGGUUUACUAAAAAUCGUACAUCUUCCACCAAUGUUCAUAAAAAUACAAUAAAACGUCAGUUUAACUUGUCUGCGUGAUGUAUUAAAAAUGUAAAAUGUAGUUAUAACAAGAUUUUUUGAUUUCAGAGAGUUUAUAGUUGUUGAGUUAAGGUUAAUGUUUAACCAUAUCAGCUAUUUUUUACCUAAAACUUCAACCAAUUUACCAAAUAAUGAAAUAAUACUUAAUGCUUUUGAUAAUUGGAAUACUUACAUAGGAAGUACUGGAUAAUCAAGUGGUUAUAGAGCUUGCCUAGCAACAAAAGGUUGCCAAUUCGAUCCUGAGAUACUUAAGUAGCAUUUGAUAGUUAAAAACUGCCUAGCUGUCCACGAUUGUCGGCUUCUUUUAAAUUAUCCUGGUCAUAAAAAAAAGGUGAUCUGGGUCAGCAACAAAACUACACAGAUCAUCCCAAACCAUUGUACACCCACUCUGCUGAUAUGGGUCAGCAACAACACUACACAGAUCGUCCGAAACCAUUGUACACCCCUCUGCUGAUCUGGGUCAGCAACAAAACUACACAGAUCAUCCCAAACCAUUGUACAGCCACUCUGCUGAUCUGGGUCAGCAACAAACCACACAGAUCAUUCCAAACCAUUGUACACCAACUCUGCUGAUCUGGGUCAGCAACAAAACUACACAGAUCAUCCCAAACCAUUGUACACCCACUCUGCUGAUCUCGGUCAGCAACAAAACUACACAGAUCAUCCCAAACCAUUGUACACCCACUCAGCUGAUCUGGGUCAGCAACAAAACCACACAGAUCAUCCCAAACCAUUGUACACCAACUCUGCUGAUCUGUGUCAGCAACAAAACUACACAGAUCAUCCCAAACCAUUGUACAGCCACUCAGCUGAUCUGGGUCAGCAACAAAACCACACAGAUCAUCCCAAACCAUUGUACACCCACUCUGCUGAUCUGUGUCAGCAACAAAACUACACAGAUCAUCCCAAACCAUUGUACAGCCACUCUGCUGAUCUGGGUCAGCAACAAACCACACAGAUCAUCCCAAACCAUUGUACACCAACUCUGCUGAUCUGUGUCAGCAACAAAACUACACAGAUCAUCCCAAACCAUUGUACAGCCACUCUGCUGAUCUGGGUCAGCAACAAACCACACAGAUCAUCCCAAACCAUUGUACACCCACUCUGCUGAUCUGUGUCAGCAACAAAACCACAGAGAUCAUCCCAAACCAUUGUACACCCACUCUGCUGAUCUGUGUCAGCAACAAAACCACACAGAUCAUCCCAAACCAUUGUACACCCACUCAGCUGAUCUGGGUCAGCAACAAAACCACACAGAUCAUCCCAAACCAUUGUACACCAACUCUGCUGAUCUGUGUCAGCAACAAAACUACACAGAUCAUCCCAAACCAUUGUACAGCCACUCAGCUGAUCUGGGUCAGCAACAAACCACACAGAUCAUCCCAAACCAUUGUACAGCCACUCUGCUGAUCUGGGUCAGCAACAAACCACACAGAUCAUCCCAAACCAUUGUACAGCCACUCUGCUGAUCUGGGUCAGCAACAAACCACACAGAUCAUCCCAAACCAUUGUACACCCACUCUGCUGAUCUGUGUCAGCAACAAAACUACACAGAUCAUCCCAAACCAUUGUACAGCCACUCUGCUGAUCUGGGUCAGCAACAAACCACACAGAUCAUCCCAAACCAUUGUACACCCACUCUGCUGAUCUGGGUCAGCAACAAAACCACACAGAUCAUCCCAAACCAUUGUACACCCACUCUGCUGAUCUGUGUCAGCAACAAAACUACACAGAUCAUCCCAAACCAUUGUACAGCCACUCUGCUGAUCUGGGUCAGCAACAAACCACACAGAUCAUCCCACACCAUUGUACACCCACUCUGCUGAUCUGGGUCAGCAACAAAACCACACAGAUCAUCCCAAACCAUUGUACACCCACUCUGCUGAUCUGUGUCAGCAACAAAACUACACAGAUCAUCCCAAACCAUUGUACACCCACUCUGCUGAUCUGUGUCAGCAACAAAACUACACAGAUCAUCCCAAACCAUUGUACACCCACUCUGCUGAUCUGGGUCAGCAACAAAACUACACAGAUUAUUCCAAACAAUUGUACACCCACUCUGCAUUCUUAUUCAGUUCAGCGAAACUAAAAGUUGAUGUUACAGUGACGUAGCCAGGAUUUCAAAAUAGGGGGGGUCAACCGACCGGAGGGUCUGGGGAGUAUUCCAUACUUCCCAGGUAAAAGGGGGGUCCGGGAAAAAUUUUAAAAAUAUAGGCCCUAAAACGGUCUUUUUUAGCUCUCUUGGCAUUGAAAAUAAUCAACCCCAACGUCAAUACAGUAUGAUUAUAUAAUUUUACAUUUAAUUUAACAAGAAAAUAUUAUAUUUAAGACCGGAAGCGGGGGGUCCGGACCCCUAGGACCCCCCCCCCCUUUGGCUACGUCACUGGUUAAGUGAUGUUUGAUGCUCAAACUAAAUGCUCAAAAUACUCUUUCACAAUUGAUCAAUUAUUUGUAAUUUUAUACUUAUCCAUUUUAUACAUCAUAAAAUGUCUGGAUGUUUUUAAAUCAUCCUCACAAAGAAUAUUUUGUUUGUAAUUGUAAAUGUGUACUGUAGGCGUUAGUUAUUACUAAGCAAGCAAGUAUAUAUUUUGUAUUAUUCAUUCAGAGUUUAUAUUUCAAAUCAUUUGUUAACUAGUAUAGCAUUGUAAACUGUAACCCUAAGCAAGCAAGUAUAUAUUUUUGAUUACUCGUUCAUAGUUUAUAUUUCAAAUCAUCCGUUAACUAAUAUAGCACUGUAAACUGUAACCGAUUUCAUAACAAUCGUUAUUGCAGUAGAGUUAUCUUAAUCUAAAAACCGCUUCUAAAUGUUCUGGUCAAUCAAAAUGCAUUCAGAAGUUAAAUGUUGUUAGAAUUUGGUCUUCUUGUUCUUAAAUAAAAGAAGAGAUCUUAAGAGGUAAAACGAAAAAAAUAUUGUCCAAGAUUCAGCCUCUAAUUGACAACUACACACAGAAAUACGGUACUAUAUAAAGUACACUUAAUUCACAAAUGAAAUGACUCUUGAUGGAGACAAUGCUGUACAAUUGGUGAGCCAACUGUGUUUAUUUUUAGUGUAUCCAUGGCCUUGUCCUUGGAAAUGGUUCUUGGACCUAAUUUGUUGUUACUAGUGAAAUACAAUUUUGUUAACAUAGCAAUAUUCCCAGUAUCCCACUAAAAACUGUUUGCUUUUGAAAAAGUUCUGAUCACAAUUCGUUUGGAUUAAGAUACUCUAAAGCAAUUGCAUAUUUUAUCGCGUACUUAUUUCUAGAAUGAUAAGUGAUGAUGAUGUGUUAGUUUUAAAUUUAAUCAUCCAAAACAAUUGUCUAACAAUAUAUCCAUUUAAAAAAAGAGAAUUUAUUUACAGUUAUUUGUCUUGUUGUAUUAGCACAAAUGUGUAAUUAUUUGCGCUCAUUGUUACUUUAGGUUAAUGUAAUCGUAUUCACCAUUCAGUUAAUUUGUGUGUUUUAUACCUAAUGUUUUAGAUAUAAAUAAAUAAAACUUUACCAAAAUUU